GCCAGAUGUCGCGCGGCGUCGUUGACAGCGCAAUAGAAUAUUGAAUGGCGGCGGGAACAGUGCACUGAUCACUGAUCCGUAUCCUCUCUCUCUCUCUCUCUCUGUUCUUUUCUGUCAACGCAAAACGAUUCUACUCUUAAUUUUCUCUACGUAAAACAAUGUUAGCUGUGGACGCGGCGACAGGAGGACUAGUCGUAAUCCCGGCAAAUACCGCCCCAACUUCCGCCGCUCUUCCUCCGUCCAACGCCCUUUUUCUGACGCCGCAGUCGACCAUUGGCUUACAGAACGUUUCUUUAAAGCGCACCGCCGAACAGCAACAACCGCAACAACUGUCUUCUGCGGAGGAGAGUCAAGACGCGAAGAAAGUCAAAUUAGAUCUAACUCCUUCUGAACAGAGCCAACCGUCAAGAGUGGUACACUUCCGUUCGGUUCCGGCAGACGCUACGGAGCUCGAUAUUGUCCAACUAGGCAUUCCGUUUGGUCGUAUGACCAAUUUGGUAUUAGCAAAGAAGAAGAAUCAAGCCUUACUAGAAAUGGACGAAGUACAAAGUGCCCAAGCACUGUUGGAGUAUUACUCUGAAAGACAGCCUACGGUUAGAGGACGUCCCGUUUACGUUCAAUAUUCCAAUCAUCAGCAUUUGAAGACGGAACAGGAGGGCCAAAGUCCCGAAGCCGUUUCUCCGGUUACCAGUCAAGCGGACGACAGAACCGUAUUGCGAGUGAUUGUCGAUAAUAUGCUUUAUCCAGUAUCCAUUGACGUACUCAAGCAGAUAUUUUCCCGUUAUGGAGCCGUUUUGAAAAUUGUCACGUUUAGCAAAAAUAAUUUUCCAGAUCAACUGCAAGCUCUUAUUCAAAUGUCCGAACCAAUGGCUGCCCAAACAGCCAAAUUUAGCUUGAAUGGUCAAAAUAUCUACGGAGGCUGCUGUACCCUUCGGAUCGACUUUUCUAAGCUGACAUCGCUGAAUGUCAAGUACAAUAAUGACAAGUCGCGGGACUAUACAAAUCCGACUUUACCGUCUGGAGAUUCGACAUCGGGAGCGUUGACCAUUGAUCAAAUAGGAUCUCCCUACCGAACAAACCCAGCAGCACCAGGAGCUACAACAUUCAUUUCACCCUUCGCACCUUCGCCAGGUAAAGUGGUGAAUUAAAACUCAGUCACCUUGAACUAUCUAUCAAUUUUAUCUGCAUGGCCCGUUUUAAAAAAACCACAAUGUUUUUAUUAGAUGACCUAUUACUACUAUUAAUUACUAAUUACGACGAACCGUCUCUUUACUUUUAUUUCAACGAAAUUCUCCGUUUCUAAUAGCAUAAGCUUUCUUCCUUUCUUUCGAAUUCUUUUUCCACUACUAUAAUUAUUAUUCAUAUUCGUAAAUCACUGUUUUUUUCCUCUCGCCCCAUUAUAACAAAAGAGAGUGAAAAAAUAAAGUCGGAUUAAACGUUCAAUCACAAAAAAAACAUACUUUCCGUCUUCAGCUUUUUUUCUAAAGUCUUUAUAUUCUCUUCGUUCUACUUUUAGUUUUAUUUCCUAUUCGAUUAUUCGUUAGUUUUAUUUCUUUUUGUUUUGUUGUCGCUUGUAAAAACUUGCUAAAAAGCAAGAAAACAUCAAGAAAUCAACUUUCAUCUCUCUUCCUUGUUUCGUUCUUCUUAGAUAUUCGGCUGCUUCGUCCUCCUCUGUUUUUCUCUUCUUCUUAAUUUCCUUUUCAAGUCAAAAAAAAAUGACAAUAAAAUAAAAUACUUCCAGUUAUUGGUCACAUGACUGCUUUUUGUUAAAACACGUAUUAGAAUUUGGUAACAGAAGCCGUUUAGCGUUUAAACACAAUAAAAAGAGUCACGUGACUAGAAACAGAAAAACAAUUUAUCUAAUCUGUUCAUCUCAUCUUAUGAACUUAAAUGAUAUCUUUACAGUCAGGGUAACUUUUAUAUUAAUGUGAUAUUUUUUUUUACUCUUUAUAAACAGCUAUACCGUUUAUAGGACCUUCGAGUGUACCUGGAUUGAAUCUACCUGGAACAACACUACGAUUCCCGUCAAUAAGUUCGUCUCCCGCAAUCAAUUCAGUUGUGCUGGUAUCGAAUCUGAAUGAAGAAACGGUCACGCCCGAUGCUCUCUUUACCCUGUUUGGCGUCUACGGCGAUGUGAUCCGCGUUAAAGUACUCUUCAACAAGAAGGACAAUGCCCUUGUCCAAUACAACGACCCGUCCGGCGCCCAAUUCGCCAUACAGCAUCUUAACAACAUCCGCGUGUGGGGCAAGCCGUUGAAAGUAACCCAAUCCAAGCACGCCGUUGUACAGAUGCCUAGGGAAGGACAGCAGGACGCUCAGCUGACAAAGGACUACACUUCGUCGUCUCUCCACCGCUUUAAAAAGCCUAACUCGAAGAAUCAUCACAACAUUUAUCCUCCGUCUGCCACGCUUCAUCUAUCUAACAUUCCACCGAAUGUCGGAGAACAAACCCUAAGAGAUCUGUUUGGCGAAUUCGGAACGAUAGUCAACUUUAAAUUCUUUAGGUAAGUACACUAUCUUUUUGCCAUUCUUCCCCUCGUCCCUUCUCUUCACCAUAUAAACCAUAUCUCUUCCCUCUAUUUAUACGAGGGUGGGCGACUGGUAAGAAAUGAGAGCGAGAGAGGAAAGGGGAAGAGAAUAGUUUUACACACUCUGUAUGCCGUAAUUAAAGCCAGGUUUCCAUUAAUUAUCAAUAUACUCUCUUCUCUGACCAGAGAAGUAAAAAUAGGUCUACAUCAAUAUUUAAUCAUUCUCGAUUAGUAUCUGACACACAGUAAACAAAUAAGUCAUAAAACUACACACCCCGCUUUUCCUGCGUCACACGCUUGCACGCUCAACAUCUAUUUGAUUAUUGAUACGUUGAAAGAGAAUAUCUAUCUAUAUCUUUUUUAGCCGAUAGACAAUUGGCUUAACACAGACAAGUAGGCCUUGAUGACUUAUUUUUGAGUAUUUAAGUUAUUUCAAUAGUAGUAUUAGAGAGUGAGCUAACAUGAAUAUUCCCUGUGCCUAAGAACGAAAGAGAAGCGGUAAAGAAUGAAGGGAAUUUUUUAUUGUGCCUAUGUGUGUGCAAGAGUUGAGUGAGUAUAGAGAGAAAAUUAUACAUGCGACAGUGUUUUCGUGUCCCUACUCGUCUCUGGCUUGCGCAAACAGACUGUGUAAACAAUUCGAACGGCGGCCUGUUUACCGUCGCUUUAUUUGCAGCGCCGAUCGGGACCGAAAAGAUCGCAAGAUGGCUCUCAUGCAGAUGGACGGUGUCGAGGAGGCCGUACACGCUUUAAUCGUAAGUUGUCAACUUAGUUUCUCCGGUAUCAAUCGAAAAAAAGACAAAAAUCAAAAACACAUAAAAUGAUAAAAGGACCAAGAAAGAGAGAGAAAGAAAGAAAGAAAAAUAUGCUUUUCUUCUAUAUUUUAUUUAUCCAAAUAUUUCCCUUUCUCCCCUAUAUUAUCUUUUUCAUCCCUUUUGUCUCAUUUAACCUUAGUUAUCCAUAUUACACAUAGCCUUCUUUCACUCUUUCAAACGCAAUUACUAUGAUAUUUAUAAGGACUUUUACCACUUUGAGAAACAUUUUGAAAGAUUCAUAUACAUUUAUAUAUUUAUAUUUAAAGCGCCUUGUACACACAAUCUAAAUACCUAAAUAAUGUUUACAAACAUGCAAACAUACAUUUGGCCAUUAUAGAUAUCUACUGUUUAAUGAUUAGUCUAAAAAAAUAUGCUUAGUCAAGUAAAAACAUGGAGAAAUUUCAUACGCAACACGUUAAUACGUAUUCUAUGAAAAGUACGUCUGCACAAUUCUUAUGCAUAGUAAAUGUGUAUGUUUAAAUAAUGUACAUGCACAUACACACACUUCUAUAUAUAUAUAUAUAUAUAUAUAUAUAUAUGAUAUAUACUGUAUAUUUACGCACACACACACACACACAUACACAGACAGACAUACAUACAUGCAUACAUACAUACAAUACAUGCAUACACUUUUAUAUCGACCGGGCUUUGCAUUCAUGCAGUGUCGCCCUUUAUUAUUUCCUUCAUCAAUUAUUCAUUAGCCUUUUCCGCGGUAUUAUCACGUGACCGUAACGCGUCCUUCUCUCCUUGUUUUUUUUUUUCCCCAUUUUAUACCGUUUACAGGGUUUGCACAAUUACGAGUUGAUGGCCGGCUCGCACCUACGAGUCUCCUUCACCAAAUCCGUCAUUUGAGGACGGAUAUUUAAAAAUUCCUCCCCUUCCCCACAGGUUUCUUAGUUUUUGUUUUGGCUACAAAUUUAUCAAUUUGAUAAGAUGAUACAAAAAUUUUUUGCAUGCUGGAGAUUUCAACGCAUGGGAGAUUAAUUCCUUAUAAUUAUUAAUGUUUUAUUUUUUUAUUAUCAUCAUUACUCUAUUCUAAAUGAUAUUGUGCUAUCUUUCGCCUCUCUAUUAUAACCUAUACAGUAUGUAUAUACAGUAUAUAUUGAAGCGUAUAUGAAUUAUGUGCGAUAUAUGGAAGUUUUAUGAAGCAAUUUAGACAAAGAGACAUAUAUUGUACGUCAUUAAAUACGAACAUAUAUAUGCUGAAUAUAUAUAUUUAUAUAUAUAUUUAUCUUUUUGUACUGAGUGCACGUCUAAAAAAGUGGUGAUCGACUAUUGAAUCGGGCUUAUAUUGAUCUCUAUUGAAACGCAUCUGCGAUGAGAGGCUGUUCUUCAUUAGCAGUUAGACGACAUAUAUAUGAAAAGAAAAAAUUAAAAAAAAAAUUGCUAUUGAAUCGAUUCGCAGAUGGUACACAGUCGUAUUGAACAUUAGCUAAUCCUCCUUUUCUAUUCCUCACAGAAUUUGCAUAAUCAUCAACUAGCC